CACAAUAGCGAAACGAUAACACAAAGCACGAAUGACAAGAGCCUAGAAUCAAGUUAAAUCUACGUUCCUUACAAUGAAUAGAAUUGUCGUAUUAGUUUUCAUGUCUACAGCUUUGGGCGCUUCCGAGAAAAUUAAGGAAAUGAAUCGUAGACAAGCAGGAACGUGUGCUGAUGCAAUUCACAACUGUGUCAACUACGGACAAGGUGUCUGCUCCGAUCCAACAUAUACUGACUGGGUCUUGAAGAACUGUCAGGCUUACUGUCAUAAAUGCCCUGGCACCAGCAAUGGAAAUCAUGGUGCCUUUACUGGAUCAUCUACAGGCUGUGUAUACAAGGACCACGUUUACCAACAAGGAGAGACUUGGAAGGAUGGCUGUACAUACAGCUGUACGUGUCACGACGCCGUCACUGGAAAAUACGCUUGCACAGGAUUAUGUUUAAAAUGGAACCUCCCACCUUCCUGUAGUCUGAAUCCACCAGGUCCGGGAAAAUGCUGUCAGACACCAAACUGUCCACCAAACAUCCAAGUUCAGUACCCACCCGGUUACGUUGAGCAGUAAUCAAGUAUCAACGAGAAACAUUGCUAAUAUAAACCACACAUGUAUCAUUUUCAAAAUAAAUAUUUUAUGGACUUUGAA